CGCUCCACCUACUGGCUCCAGCACGAGCUGCUGGUGACACUUAACGUACUCGUGUGCGCGAGGCGGGCGGCAUCGGCGGCGGCAUCCUGAUCAAACAACGGCAGCGCGACACCGACCAGGUGCAGUUAGCUGAAGCACAGCCAUGAUGAAAUCGGGCGCCACGAAGGUGGGGCUGCCCAAGCCGGGACUCCAGGAGCGGACGAAGCAAGUCUCCGUGGCUUCGUCUUCCUCCGGCUCCACAGCCAUGAAAACCUCCAGAUUCGCCAACACGCUGGCCUCAGACCAGCGCCACAGCAGGCUGAAAAGAGCCAGCAGCGAUGAUGCCUUAACAAAGCCUGCUGUCGCGGCCUCUGGCUCCCGGAUGAAGAAGACUGUGACCACUGGAGCCAUCUCAGAUCUCACAGAGGCCCGCCCUCGCAGCCUGUCUGGUGUACAAGCCAAGAAGUCUGGUAUCCCAGCUCCUCGAGAGAUCCCUUCAUCUAUUCUGCGAGACCGCGUCUCUCUGAGGGACCAGCUUCGGAGCUCCACCACAAAGAAGAUGGUCUCGAGUGCCAGCACCUCCAGCCUCUCCUCCCUGGCAAAGCAGACACGCAGUUCAACCAAGUCCCGUGGAGACGCAGAGGGCCAGGAGAGGGGCCUUCUGGAGUGCCAGGUGAAGGAGCUGCUGGCUGAGGCGAAGGCCAAAGACUUGGAGAUCAGCAAUCUCAGGACGGAGUUGAAGUGUUGCAAAGGCAAAGCCUCCAACUCGGUCUCGUGGGAAAAGCCUGCUGAAGAUGGAGAGCAGGGACAGGCGGGGGAGGGCCUAGUGCUGGUUGGGGAGCUGAGGGAGAAGAACGGGAAGUUUCAGAGGGAGCUGGCAGCGCUUCGGGAGGAAAACCAGGCACUGAAGCAAAAGCUGCUCUGCUUGGAGGCCUCCCCUCUCUCUAGUACAAACUCAAGCAGCCCUUCCAAGCAUUUGGUGAAUGGCCUGCCCUCAGACUCCAGCUCCUCAACGCCGCAACACAACAGUGUUCCGUGUAGUGCCAGACCCUCUGUCUCUUCCAGUUCUGACAUCACCAAGGACUCGCCAUCACCCGACUCCUCAGAGUUUGAGAAGAUCCCAUCUUGUUCAGAAUCAGUGAGCAGUGGUGUCAGUGAAGAAGUUGUUGCAGUAACCAGUGCGGGAGGGCCACACGUGUCAGUGGAGAGCCUGACGGAAAAGAUUAACAAGAUGGAGGAGAGCCACCACAGUAUGGCCGAGGAGCUGCAGGCGACUCUGCAGGAGCUGGCCGACCAGCAGCAAGUGGUGCAGGAGCUGACCGCUGAGAACGAGCGUCUGGCCGAGGAGAAGCGCCUCCUGCAGACCUCCCUUCAACAGCAGAGAGAGCGCCUGGAGAUGCUGGCCCAGAAGAACGAGACGCUCGCUGGUCGACUGCAAGAGCAAGUGCAAGCUCAGGCCCAGAGGGACGAGGAGCUGGGAAGUCAAGGGCCUCGGCUGGCCGAGCUGGAGCAAAGGUAUGCCGAGCAGGUCGAGAGCUCGCGCUUCGAGCGGGAAAAGCUGGUGGACAUCCAGCAGCAGCUGACGGGCAGCUUACGGGCUCUGGAGGAGGAGAACCAGGAGGCCCAGGGCCAGGCACGCUGCCUGAGAGAGGAGGUGGGCAGGCUGCAGGCCCAGCUGGACAGAGAGCUAGAAGCCGGAGGUCAGGCGGCACAGGCCGCCGAGGAGCACGGGGCGGCCGCAGAUGGUCUCAGACUGGAAAACAGCAGGCUGAAAGUGCAGGUGGACAUAGAGAGGCAAAAGCUUGGUGAGCUGAAGGCCAUGCAGAGCGCCAGUGACGGCACUGAGGUGCAGAAUUUGCUGAAAACUGCGCACACGGAGAGAGACAGGCUGGAGGUGGAGCUGACGGAGCUCAGGCAGGAGCUGCUACAGGCCCGGGCCGACACGGAGCAUGUGCGGUCCACCAUGGCCAAGGUGGAGACCAAAUGCCAGCAGGUGCAGGAGCGGGCUGAGAUGAGGGAGCAGGAGCUCAGCAGCCGGGUGUCUUCGGUAGAGGAGGCCGGGAUCCAUGCUGAGAACCAGGUGAAGGAGCUGAAGGAGACCAUCUUUGAGCUGGAGGACCAGGUGGAGCAGCAGAGGGCCGUCAACUGCCACACCAACCAAGCCGUCCUGGACAUGGAGAAUCUUGUCAAAAAGCUGGAGGAGCAGAAAGGCGAAGCAGACCGACAACUGAAAGUCAUGAGUAGGCAGAUUAAGGACGAAAAAGAAGAGUGGCGUAGGUUCCAGGCGGACCUGCAGACGGCAGUGGUUGUGGCAAAUGACAUCAAGGUGGAGGCCCAGCAGGAGCUGCGUAUGCUCAGGAGGCAGCUGCAGGAGGAACAGGAUCGCAGUGCAAAGCUCUCUACGGACCUCGAAGCCCUGCAGGGUGUCAGGUCCCAAGGUAACGAGGUGAAGGUGGCCGACGCCGACACCUACCGUCAGUGGAGCGGCACCUCCAUGAUCCCGACCACACCCUCCGACGCCAGCGGAGAUGCCGACUCAGAGCCUGGAGCUACUGUCAAAUCCCUCAUUAAGUCAUUCGAUACUGUUGUACAGAAUGGACCGGGCCACACAGUUCAAAUGCAUUCCUCUCCAAGAACCCUGCUGAGUGGGAUCCCUGUUCGCUCUGCGCCUGCUGCUGCCGUCUCCCCCAUCCAGAGACACACGUACAUAAAGCCACUAUCAAAGACAUUAGAAAAAAGAAUCAACCAUGGAGAAUUCUCUCAUCAUCAUGCGAAGUUGUCGGGCUUUGGGGAAGACCCGAAACCUAAGAGCCUGAUGAGGAAGAGCCCCUCUCUCGAGUCUGUAAUCAAACCCCCCGCCUCCCUCCGCAGCCGCACAGCAUCCUUCAGCUGCAACCGAGGCAACAGCAAACUCAGUGUGGAAAGAAAGGACCCCUUGGCUGCACUGGCGCGGGAGUAUGGGGGAUCUAAGAGAAACGCUCUACUGAAGUGGUGCCAGAAGAAAACAGAGGGCUAUCCGGAUAUCGAUGUGACCAACUUCAGCAGCAGUUGGAGUGACGGCUUGGCGUUCUGUGCUCUCUUGCACACAUAUCUGCCUGCUCACAUCCCCUACCAAGAGCUCAUGAGUCAAGAUAAGGACCGGAAUCUGACCCUUGCUUUCCAGGCGGCCGAGAGCAUCGGGAUCAAACCCUCUCUGGACAUGGAGGAGCUGAUGAAGACGGACAGGCCAGACUGGCAGAGCGUCAUGCUGUACGUCUCCCAGAUCUACAAGUAUUUUGAAACCUGACCGACGGGGGAGUAAGGAGCUGGAGGCCGAGGAAUCGAGGCCACUGCAGCGCUUCCAGGUCCAGCGUCGGUCAGCACUGCGAUGACCACCCUGUUGCUGCUCACUGCUCCACUUCAGGGACAAACCAACUCUCCGUUUGUGUAGAGGUUCAAAAACAGGCACAGAAAUGCUCUCCUGACAUUUCCUAACGGGACACUACAGCGCUGAGGCCCACAUUUAGAAAGACACUUUUUACCAGCCUAAAGUGGCCAUUGAGCAUCUGAUUCACAAAGAAAUGAGAGCACGCUGACACAUUAUGAUGAAAAAUACUAAGAAUAAGACAGAGAGGAUUCAAAAUGUAUUUUAUUUGAAAUCUCUAUUUACUUUGAAAUAAUUGACAAAAAUACAUACAGUAACAGUCUAAAGUUUGGACAAGUUCUCACUGAACUUUGGACUGGUAAGCUACUGUAGGAACUUUUUGAGAAUCAAAUGCUCUGGUUCUUGUUUUCAACAUGUGCCGAAUGUUCUUCCAAUACACACCUUGUUUUAGAGCAUUUGCAUGGCGAAGGUGUACCUUAACCUGCAGUGUGGCAGCUACUUUCACUCAGCAACAAAAAAAAAGGGUUCCGUUUGCUGAAAUGUUUUGCUUUAAAUAAUUAGCCUCAUUUCUCAUACUGAGUGAUUGUUGACGAUCUGGAGCUGUGCUUUGCAGAGGAUUUUGAGCUGAAGGAUUUGAGCAGAACUGAAGCAUUUCUAUUUUUCACCUUUAACUGUGUGCAUUAUUAAGAAUAGAAAUAAGCAGAUCCGAGAUGUCAUCGGUGUUGCUCAACUUAAUAGGAUUUAAGGACAGGCCGGACCAACCUCCUGCGUUUUCUUCACAUUUUCAAUGAAAACGGUCUCAACAAUAGUACUGUAGCUGCUGUGCAUUGUCAUGUUUUAUUAUGAAGGAGAUGAUGACUUUCACAUGUCGGAUAGCCACACUUUCUAUGUGAUAUGAUUUAGACUGGCCUCCAUUUGCUUAUGUUUGGGAAGAUAAAAGUGAUAUUUAUUUAUUUACUUACAAUACAGAACAGAACCAUGUGCAGUUUUCUAUGUGUGGCUUUCAGAUUGAGGCCUGGUGGAUGGACAUUGUUCAAUAAAGGCUUGUCAUGUUCUCUAUUCAACUUUUCACUUACAACACAACAUUUUUUUUAUUUAUUUAUUCAUUAUUCAGGUUGUUAUUUCACAAAGAUGCUGUGUUGAAGCACGUUGAGCUGCAUUCGGCGACGUUGUGUGGAAAAGUGUGGCCUGCUCUUCUCAUCACACCUUUUCUACUUAAACACAUCUCGACAGCAGGUAAUAAAUAAUGGGAAAUUUAUUGAGACAAUAAAAUGAUUCUGAAGAGAAUUACCAGUGAAUCAAACGUGGUCGGGGUUUUUCGGCAAUGUAAUGUGCGUUUUCUUCUCUUUAAAACUUCCACCACUUGCACACGUUUCCUUUCCCUUUGGUCCCACGUGUUUGCUGCAGCCAGCAGUGUGCAUGUGUGCAGUACAAACACGAUGCAUUUUGCGGCCGGAAGCCUCGUAGAACGAUCGUGUUAAAUGAGCGCGUAAUUACGCACGGCUGAACCCUCGUCGGGGAUUCCACCCGUGUUGCGCUUCUUGUUUCGGUUUGGGGCGUGGCUUCUGGGUAAUUGGGGGACUUAUUUUCUUUACCUCUUUUCUUCUUUUUCUGGUCCACUUCAUAACCGAGGUCUGGGGGAAGUUGUGUGACACGCUGGCUGCGUUUCCGAUGUACAGAUGCCGCUUAAAGCCUCCGCGGAUCAGUCGCACAGAGCGAAGGACGCGCACUUUCUGUCCGUUUCACGCGUACAGGUCAGCGGCAGGCGUGAAGGAUCCACGCGUUACACGCAGCUGGCGCGGCUUUCGCAAACUCGCUGGUGAUGCAAGAGCUGCUUGAAAGUGAAUUUCUUUCCUUUCAACAGAU